ACAUGCAGCUGGGCUACCAACCCAUAUCUCUCCCUUCACUCUUCAGUAUUCCCAAAACCACAUUUUUGUUUUCUUGACAGAAUUGAGGGUUUAGAUGACAGUGGAGACUAAGGCGGAAGCGAUAACCAACGGCGAGCCCAAGCCUAACAUGUCUACUAUCAAUGAAUUUCAGAAUCUACUACUGGAGACGAUGAAAGGUUGCGAACAGAGGGGUGAGCCUGUCAUUGUCUGGACAAUGGAGGUUGCUCACUGCAUCGACGAAGCUGGAUUAGGGUUCCCCAGUUCUGAUUUGGGUAUUUUGAUUGUCUCUCUGCUGACCGACGCCAGUAAUUUACACAAACCGUCCCUUUGGAAGUUCCUUGAUCAAGCUCUUUCCUCCUCUCUCGUAUCCCGUAUCCACGUUCUAUCUCUCCUUACUUCCAGGGUGAUUCCUAAGCGGAAUACACAACCCCAGUCCUAUAGACUCUAUCUUGAACUUUUGCGGAUAUAUGGAUUAGUAUUUGAUGCUCUUGGAGAAGAGUCUUGUGGAGAGAUAUUAAAAUCAAUUGAUCUCGCCCUUAAGCUAUCCCAGACGUAUAAAACUCAGGUUGUGGAGCUUGGACAUGCUAUAGUGUUAUGGCUUUUUAGCAUCGUCAGUGCAUUGGUUGACAGCAUAUUGUCUGAUUUGGGGUUGCAUGUGACAUCUAAGGAUGGUACAAGUGAAUUGAUAAAAGGUGAAGAUAGUGGAAACAUGGACAUAGAUUUUCAAGAUAGCGAGAUUCUUCAGACAAAUGGACACUGUGAAAAUAUAAGGAGAUUGAAUUGGCAUGUGGCACUGGAUGUGUUGGGACAAAUUAUAGAAAACAAGAAGGCUAUUGUUCUACUUCGCCUUGUUCACUUGAAUAUGCCUGAAACCUUCAAUGGGUUGAUACAAAAGAUGAAUUUUCUUGAAAGUCAUAAGCUAGUAUCACUAAAGUUGGAGUCCAAACAGCUUUUUGUAAGAGCUUCUACGAACAUUCAAAGAAUUUUGAACUUUGAAUAUGAGUUGAACAAGCGCAAGAUGGUGGGGAUGCUCACAUGUAUACAAUCUUGUUAUCGAAUUCCUAGCUGCUAUUCUGGAUCUGGUUUGUCUGCUUGUUGGAUUCCUUUCGACAUUUGCAUGGAGAAUGCCAUGAAUGGAAGACAAUUUUCUGUCACAUCUUCAAUUGACGUCUUUGCAGAAACAAUCAAAACACUUCAAGUACUUAACUGUGCAAGUUGGGAAGAAACCUUCCUGGCGCUAUGGCUUUCUUCCCUGCGGCUUGUGCAACGAGAACGUGACCCCCUAGAAGGCCCUAUUCCUCAUCUUGAGUCUCGUCUUUGCAUCCUAUUGUCCAUUACCCCCUUAGCUAUUGCUCUUGUGUUGAAGGAUGAUGCUGUACAAUGUUGUCAGGAGAGUGAUCAUACAUCAAGGAAAAAUGGUCUAGUUUCUUCGCUGCAGAUUCUAGGACAGUACACAGACCUCUUAUGUCCCCCAACAUCGAUUGUCAAUGCAGCAAAUAGUGCAGCUUCUAAAGCAACAAAUUUCUCUUAUAAUGCCAAAACUAUGAAGGAUGAUAGGGGAGAUAGUCAUAUCGAUACUUCUCUGGCAGCUGGUGGAGACAUGAGGCAUCUCAUAGUGGAAGCUUGCAUAGCGAGGAAGUUACUUGAUACAUCUGCAUAUUUCUGGUGUGAUUACAUUUCUGCAUCUGUAACUCCAUCGCCCAAUCAUUUAUCCCUGGAAAGAUCCCCUUGGUUAGAAUUUAUGGGAGGAUCUCCACUAACUGGUCCACUAGUAGAUGAGCUCAUGGAAGUUCCAGCUUCAAGCUUAGAAGAGAUUGAGAAGUUGCACCAUGUUGCUCUGAAUGGAUCAUUAGAGGAGAAAUCUGCUGCUGCAAAAAUUGUAUGUGGUGCUUCUCUCAGUAGUGGAUGGAAUAUUCAGGAACAUGUUGUGCGUUUGAUAGUCAAGCUUCUUUCUCCUCCUAUACCGCCCAAUCACACUGGAGUAAGGAGUCAUCUUGUUGAUCAUAUGCCUGUGCUGAGCGCAAUCUUAUUUGGGGUUUCAUCUGUUGAUACUGUUCACAUUCUAUCAUUACACGGAAUGAUGCCGGAGGUUGCAGCCGCACUAACUCCUAUUUGUGAGACAUAUGGGUCACUUGUACCACAAACAUCAAGCCACAAAACAAGCUUAUCUAAUACAUCCUCAAUUUACAUGAUCUUUUCGUCUGCAUUUCUGUUGCUUCUUCGGCUAUGGAAAUUCUAUCAACCGCUUCUUGAGCAAUGUAUUCCAGGGAGAGGAACAAUUGGAGGGGAGCUUACAUUGGAAUAUCUUUUGAUAUUGUGUGACAGACGAAUCCAGUCAGAUAACUCUGUUACUGCAGGAGAAAAGGUUGGUUCAGAUACUAAAAGCCAUCUCGACUCUUAUCCAAAAUUGCGGGCUUGGUAUUGCCAUAACAGAUUGUCUGUAGCAUCAACUGAUUCUGGUCUCUCAACUGGAAAUCCAGUUCACCAAGUUGCUAACAAGAUCCUGAGUACUUUAUACGGGAAAAUGACAAAAACAGGAACAGUGUCUGGUGAUACUUCAGUUAGCUCAGGUUCGUUGGCAAGUUCUGAAGAAGAUGUUUGUGAAAUGCCUGUUCUCCCCGCGUGGGACAUGCUUGAAGCCAUACCUUUUGUUCUUGAGGCAAUCCUUACUGCUUGUGCCCAUGGAAGGCUCUCAUCAAGAGAUUUGACAACAGGCCUUAGGGACAUUGUCGACUUUUUGCCUGCUUCUCUUGCAGCUAUAAUUAGUUACUUCUCUGCUGAAAUUACUCGGGGCAUAUGGAAGCCAGUAGACAUGGAUGGAAUAGACUGGCCUAGUCCAGCAGGAAAUCUUGCAUCCAUUGACGCUGAAAUCAAGGAAAUACUUGCCGCUGUAGGUGUUAAUGUUCCAAGCUGCUCAUUUGGAGGGUCAUUACCAGCAAAACUUCCACUCCCAAUGGCAGCCCUAGUGAGCUUAACAAUCACAUUCAAGCUAGACAAGAGCUUAGAAUACAUACUCGCGGUCACUGGUCCCGCCAUGGAGAGAUGUGCCUCAGCCUGUUCAUGGCCAAGCAUGCCCAUAGUCAGCUCUCUUUGGGUCCAAAAGGUCCGGCGUUGGCAUGACUUCAUUGUCGUAUCAUGUUCCCGCUCAGUCUUCAUAAAAAACCAAGAACCCGUGUCUCAGCUUCUCAGAAGUUGCUUCACCGCCUUUCUCGGGUCCUACAAUUCCAAACAAACUGGAGUCAACAGCCUAUUAGGAACGUACAUCUCAUCUCCCGGCUUAUACCCACGCGUUUCCCCUGGUUUCCUUUACCUACGCACCUGCCGUUCAAUCCACAACGUUCAAUACAUCAAUAACGUGAUCAUAAAGCUCGUGGUCGAGUUUUCGCGAAGCUUAGUAGCUAACAAGGGCUCUCCGCGUUUGAAAUCAACCGAAGCCUCGUUUGCUAUCGCGGCGGUUAAAGCGAGAGAAGCGGCAAUGCUUGGUUCGAGUCUUUUGUGCGUUUCAGGUGGGGUACAGUUAGUACAGGAGCUUUAUCAAGAUAGUAUCGUGAAUUGGCUAUUAUCGUCGAGAGAUGUUCAUACUGGAACUGUGGGUCGGGUGAUAGAAGGAUACGCGGUCGCGUGUUUGAUGGUUUUCUCGGGAGCUUCUAUUUGGGGGGUUAUGGAAAGGGCUCCUUCUUGGUCAAUGUCGAGAAACAGGUUGAAAUUUGUGAGUGAUCAUAUGGAUUUUGUGGGGAGUGUUGUUGAUGGGAAUGUAUGGAUUGGACGUGAUAUGAUUACUUGGAGAGCUUAUGUAUCGUGUUUGGUUGAUUUGGUGGUUAGGUUUGCGCCGUUUUGGGUUAUGGAGUUGAAAAGGGAGACUUUGGUUAAAUUGGCGAAGGGUUUGAGUGGCUGGGGUCAGUUGGAUCUUGCGAUUUUGUUGCUUGAGAAGGGCGGGAAGAAGGUUAUGGGUUCGGUGGUUGAACUUGUGAGUACGAUUUCUUGAAUUAUGAUCAUAGAUGGUUAACUAGGUUUAGAAAGUGUUUUGGCUUUAGAGGGAUGGAUGAUCUUGAACAAAGAAGAAUACAACGGAUUUUGAUGAUUAGAUUCGAGACAAAGUUGCCAUUUACAAACGUUUUCUUUCAUGCGUUUGGUUUUGGAUGUGGAUCAAUGAUUAUUUUAUUUGGUAUAGAAGAGAAUUUUUUGGGAUCAA